GUGUUAUAUACUUAUCAUUAACACGACAUUAUUUGUGAAGCUAAAAGAGAAUUAUAUUUAUAAUUCUAAUAUCAUUUUGUGAAAUAAUAUAAUAAUAUUCAUUAAACAGUUUUAAUAUUUAAAAUUGCAGUUUGUGUUGGAUCAAGAAUAUUAAGUUAAUACAAAAUAAUACAAAACGGAUAUACUGUUUUUAAUAUAAUCAAUAUAAACAGGUUAAACACACUGCACAUAGUAACAUUCAUUUUUGUCCAAGCCUGAUUUUUCAUUCGAAGUUUAUAUAUUAUGAUGAAAAUUGUAAUACAAAUAUUAACUGGAUAUUUAUAACCAACUAUUAUUGUGUCUUUAUGCAAAUGUUUUGUAAAAGGUAGAAACAAUUUUUGUUGUAUUAUUUGUGAACUAUUAUCAAAUUUCUACUGCUCAAUGAUGGAAACUAACCUAACAGAAGAACAAAAAAGAUUUCUAGAAGAAUGUGAAAUUGAAUUUAAGGAUCGUUUUUCUGAAAAUGAUGUUGAAUUUAUGAAAAUUAAAAGUGCAACACCAAAAAAACCACCAAUUAUAGAUCCAUGGUACACUAAACCACGUAGACUGCCAUACUGGGAUCAACAAAAUCAACAAAAUCAGGGACAUGGAAGUCGAAAUCAUAACUGGGACCGUAGUAGUCUUGAAAGAGAUUCAUGGUACAAUAAACGAAGCAAACAUCCAUAUUACCGGAAUCAACAAAGUUCGAGAAAUGGAAGCUGAAAUCAUUAUUUGGACCGUAGAAGUUUUGAAACAGGUGACAGAUUAUUAAAUCGUAAUGAUGGAAAACAUUAUUCACAUUAUCAUAAUAUAAAACCAUAUUAAAAUCACUAUAUUACAUCUUUUACUUUUCAUCAUAUUAUAUUUUGU